CUCCGGGCUCCGGGCUCCGGGCUGUGCUGGGCUGUGCUGGUCGGCGGCCCCAUGGAGAAGCCGGGCCCGGCCGGCGGGGGCCCUCGGGGGCCCGUCCUGCACAUCGUGGUGGUGGGCUUCCACCACAAGAAGGGCUGCCAGGUUGAAUUCUCUUAUCCUCCUCUGAUCACAGGAGAGGGACAUGACAGCCACGCUCUACCAGAAGAAUGGAAAUAUUUACCUUUCCUUGCCUUGCCUGAUGGAGCUCACAACUAUCAGGAAGAUACCGUGUUUUUCCACUUGCCACCCAGAAAUGGAAGUCGAACAACGAUAUAUGGCGUUUCUUGCUACAGGCAGAUCGAAGCCAAGAUACUGAAAGUACGGCAAGCAGAUGUCACCCGAGAAACUGUUCAGAAAAGCGUCUGCGUGCUAAGCCAGCUGCCCCUCUAUGGAUUACUCCAAGCAAAACUUCAACUCAUUACACACGCCUAUUUUGAAGAAAAGGAUUUUUCCCAAAUAUCAAUACUCAAGGAGCUCUACGAGCAUAUGAACAGAUCUUUGGGAAGCACUUCAUUAGAAGGAUCCCAGGUGUACCUUGGCCUGUCUCCACGAGAUCUUGUUCUUCAAUUUCGACAUAAGGUCUUAAUCCUAUUUAAACUGAUUCUCCUGGAGAAAAAGAUUCUGUUUUACAUUUCACCAGUGAAAAAAUUGGUGGGAGCUCUGAUGACCGUGCUGUCUCUUUUCCCUGGCAUGAUCGAACACGGUCUGACCGACAGCUCCCAGUACAGACCUCGGAAAAGCGUAUCCGAGGACGCCGGCAUUCCACAAGUCACACCCUCGGCCGUCGACUGCAUUUUGGUGCCCGCUGCUGACGUUUCAAAUAGAAACUCAGAACCAGGCAAGAAAAAGCCUUCGGGACAAGACGGAGGGGAUGCUCCCAAGGGAGAAGGGCUCCCACCCCGGGCAUUUAAAGCUGGAGUUGGAGCCCCGGGACCCCCUGGCCCUGCCCAACAUUUGAAACCUCCUUCCCGCACAUCCCCCGAGUCCUCAGAAAGUGACUGGGAGACUCUGGAUCCCAGCGUCCUGGAAGACACCAACUCCAAAGGAAGGGAACAAGAAAAUGCUGAAUUGGAAAAGACCGACUUCUUUCCAAAAGACUCUGGGAUCUCAGAAAGCCCUCCUAUUACGGUGCAGCCUCAAGCCAACUCGGGGCAGGCGGUGCUCGUCCCGGGACUGAUAUCGGGUUUGGAGGAGGACCUCUAUGGCAUGCCCCUGGCCAUCUUUACAAAGGGCUAUCUCUGUUUGCCAUACAUGGCUUUGCAGCAGCAUCACCUUCUCUCCGACGUGACCGUCCGGGGGUUUGUUGCGGGAGCCACCAACAUCCUCUUUCGGCAACAGAAGCACCUAAGUGAUGCCAUCGUAGAAGUGGAGGAAGCUCUAGUCCAGAUCCAUGACCCAGAGCUGAGGAAGAUCCUGAAUCCCACGACGGCCGACCUGAGGUUCGCAGACUACCUGUUGAAGCACGUGACCGAGAACCGGGAUGACGUGUUCCUGGACGGCACCGGCUGGGAGGGAGGAGACGAGUGGAUCCGGGCCCAGUUCGCCGUCUACGUCCACGCGCUGCUCGCCGCUUCCCUCCAGCUAGACAAUGAAAAGUUGCUGUCGGACUAUGGGACCACCUUCGUGGCAGCAUGGAGGAAUACCCACAACUACAGGGUAUGGAACAGCAACAAGCAUCCAGCUCUCACAGAAGUAAAUCCUAGCCAUCCAUUUCAGGGCCAGUACUCGGUGUCCGACAUGAAGUUGAGAUUCUCACACUCUGUUCAAAACAGCGAGCGAGGCAAGAAGAUCGGAAAUGCCAUGGUCGUCACCAGCCGCAACGUGGUGCAGACGGGAAAAGCUGUGGGUCAGUCAGUAGGCGGGGCCUUCACCAGCGCGAAGACAGUCAUGUCCUCGUGGCUCUCCACCUUCACCCAGUCCACGGCCGGAGGCCUCCCCGAUCCCCAGGACGGGAAGCACUGAGCGGGGCCGUGGCCCCAGCUGCUGUUGGCACCGAGGUGCCGGGUUCCAUCGCAUCCGUCCGCCGGGCCCAGACUCUCCCACGCCGUCGGUCGAAACUCCCCGGCGGAGGGCCGGCCGGUCGGACCGUUUACGGGCAACCUCCCCGAGCGUUCCGCGGUCGCCCUCUCGUCGGGGAAGGGGUCCGACAUCCGGGGCGGCCGAACGAAGGCGGCCGGUGCUGAGAGGUGACCGCCUGGCCCCGGCAGGGUGGCUGAACGCGGGGACGUGGGGGCCGGGGGGGAGGUCGUGGCCAGAUCGACUGCUCUCCCGUCCGUCUGAGCCUCCGUCGCCGACGCGCACUGGGGAGCGGACCUCGGGACCAGCUUGAUUUCCAGACUGUGUACGGUUCCUUGGCCGGAGGCGUCGCGUAUGGAAAUUAGAGUUCUAUUUUCCGUUCAA